CGAUGCCGCGUUGGAGAAGAUGCGUGCGGGAAGGAAGAAGAAGAAGAAGGUGACCGAGGACUCUAGUGAUCUCGAGGUCAGCGAGACAGUCAUUCCGAUCAGCGCUUCGCCUAUUAUUCCGGUCUCUACUUCGCCGGUUCGAAGGGGCAAGGAAAGAAGGCGCGACGACGUUGAUGAUGCUGAUUGGGCUGGUGACUCUAUUCGUCUUACCUUUCCAUUUGAUGCUUCUGCAUAUGCGGAUGUCCGCCCGUUCCGCAAGGAGUUGGGCAAGUUACUUUGGCCGGAGGACCGCAAUGCCUUGGUUGGAUUGAAGUCUGGUGCCCCUGAUGCCACUGUCGACCAUAUCUUUCUGGGUUUGCAGGGCGUGCUUCAUUUGUCGGAGAGGAUCCGAGAGCUGGAGAAGAGUGUGAAGAAACUUCGAACUGAGCGGGUUGAUUUGGACGACAUAUUGAAGGGUCGUGAUGAGGAGAUUGCACGUUUGAAGGUAGAGCUGCAAACUCAGCUUGAUGUUGGGCGCCUAGCAGGUGAUCGGGCGAAGACUUUGGAGGAGCAGCUUGAGGCCGUUAACUCUACGGUUUCAUUUUUGACGGAGAAGCUUGAUUUUGUCGGUACUGAGGGGGAGGUCCAGGCUAGGGCCCAAAUGGCUCAAGAUUACUUGGACGGUCGGGCUGGGACUUGGAACACGGCGUCGAUGCUUGAGGCUUAUGCCGAGCUGAUGGAGAAGAGAGCUGAGGAGGCUGCCGAGGUUGCGGAUCUUGCUGUUUCGCUUGGAGGUUUGGGUACUGGUGGCCCCUCUGCUGAUUGAUGAUUGUGCUUCAUUAUCUGCAAACUUGACUUGGUUUUGUAAUAGACUUAUAAUAUCUUAACUUUUAGAGCUUUCGGGCCUGUGUGCCUAUGAGUCUACUCUAUGUGGACGAUUUUCCUUAGUAUUCUCUCCUCUAGUAUGAGCUUGUGCUAGUUUGAUAGCCAAGCUUAUAGUUAGUCUACUCUACUAUGUAACUCGAAGUUUUCCGGCUUGGCCGGCCUCCUGGGGUUUUACCCUUAAUAUUUAAUCGAGUUGUGAUC